UUCUUGACGGGCACGAGCGUGGUUGGCCACCGUGCUGCUUCAGGAUUGGUCGAUCCUGACGAGGAGCGCGUGCAGACGUCAAUGUUUAUGUAUCCCUCUGUCUGUCCGUGUAGGUAGCCGCUCCAAGGUCCCUGCAAUGUGAUUUCCUGACAUUUUGUUUUGCUUUUCUGCUCUUUGAAGCCGGUUGUCUUAAUCAUAUUAUGCACGCGCCUCAGACAUGGGGCACCACUAGCGGGUGAAAGACGGAAGAAAACGAGGAAAACGCCGGAAUGGCAGGAGCCUUUGGGUUCAAAGGCUGCCAGAAAAUUCGCGGUGCGCAAAUUAGAGGUCUGCUCGAGGCCAAGGACUUCUUCCUCUUCGACUGCGACGGGGUCAUAUGGCACGGAGAGAACGCGAUCACGGGCGCGGCGACGGUGGUGAAUUCUCUCAUCCGCCGCGGGAAAAACGUCGUGUUCGUCACCAACAACUGCACCAGGCCGCGGGAGAAUUACGUGCACAAGUUCUCCCGGCUGGGCUUCACCGACGUGAUGCUGGAGCAGAUCUUCAGCUCGUCGUACUGCUCGGCUCUCUACCUGCGGGACGUCGUCAAGGUCCACGGUCAGGUGUUCGUGGUGGGCUGCGAGGGUCUCCGCAGGGAGCUGCUGGAGGCGGGCGUCCCGUGCGUGGAGGAGGCGGACGACGACCCGGACGCCACCAUCUACAACUGCGCCCUGGCUCCGGACGUGAAGGCGGUGCUGGUGGGACACGAUGAUAAACUGACUUUUCUCAAACUGGCUAAAGCCUCGUGCUACCUGAGGGACCCCGAGUGUCUGUUCCUGGCCACCGACAACGACCCCUGGCACCCGCUGUCCGGGGGACGGAUCCUCCCAGGUUCGGGGUCCCUGACCGCAGCUCUCGAGGUGGCCUCGGCUCGCAAAGCCACCGUGAUCGGUAAGCCAAGCCGCUUCAUGUUCGAGUGCAUCUCCAGCCAGUUCAGAGGUGUGGAUCCCUCCCAGUGCCUGAUGGUCGGGGACCGCCUGGAGACUGAUAUGCUGUUCGGGUCAAACUGCGGCCUGGACACCAUGCUCACUCUCACAGGCGUGUCUCAGCUCGAAGAGGCCCACGAGUACAGAAACAGUGACCUGACCACCAACCACAGCUUUGUGCCUGACUAUGUGGUGGACACCAUCGCCGAUUUCCUCCCCGCUUUUGAGGAACUGGAAGAACUGAACGAUUGACGUGUCAUUUCGCUGCCACCACGGGGCACAGAUCGCUCCGGCUGCAUUUCAAGUGCGACAUUAAUAAAAGUCUGGCAUCUGCACAAAACGUUCCAACUGAUGAUUAAAAGCAAAUAAAUAAGACGCUCUUUAUGUUUGUGAGCAAGAACAUGUAGGACAGAAAAACUACCGUAUUUUUCAGACUAUAAGGCGCAUUAAGCGAAACAAAACAGAUAAGUCGAACUUUAUUCAGCUUGUUCACAAAAACCACAUAAAAUAGAUUCGAGGUCAGUAAGCACAACCAGAAUUA